CACCUCAUCGGCGCCGUCCAUUCCCGCGCAAUGCCACUCCGUCACCUAGCCGGCUAGCCCUUCUCUCGAAAAAGUUCCCGGCUCCCCGCUCCGGUUACAAAACACCCAACCCCAUCCCAAUCUCCGAACGCCUCGCAUCAAACCAACUCUUUCCCAAAUCCACCGCCGGCUCGGCUCGCCCAUCUUCGCGCCAAGCACCGAAUCUCCGAUGGCCCGCACGAAGCAGACGGCGCGCAAGUCGACGGGCGGCAAGGCGCCCCGCAAGCAGCUGGCCACCAAGGCGGCGCGCAAGUCGGCGCCGGCAACCGGUGGCGUGAAGAAGCCUCACCGCUUCCGCCCCGGCACCGUCGCGCUCCGGGAGAUUCGCAAGUACCAGAAGAGCACGGAGCUGCUCAUCCGCAAGCUGCCCUUCCAGCGCCUCGUCCGUGAGAUCGCGCAGGAUUUCAAGACCGACCUCCGCUUCCAGUCCUCCGCUGUCGCCGCGCUGCAGGAGGCCGCCGAGGCCUACCUCGUGGGGCUCUUCGAGGACACCAACCUCUGCGCCAUCCACGCCAAGCGCGUCACCAUCAUGCCCAAGGACAUCCAGCUCGCGCGCCGCAUCAGGGGCGAGAGGGCUUGAUCUCCCGUUGUCGUCGUCCACGUUGUUGGGCCUUUCCUCUGUGUCUCUGCUUGUAGAAUCCUUGCUUCUGUUCGGUUCCUUCUGUUCGCAUGAUGGUGUUCGUAGUGUUAGGAGUUGCAUUUUCUAAUCUGCUUGUUCUUGCACCGGUGCCUCUGAAGUGGCGUUUCCCUCUAUCUUAAUGGAAAUGGAAUGUGCUUUAAAAAAGAAAUCUGAUGUCUCGUUUGUUUCCGGAAUUGUAAUCUUAUUAACAGAAUAGGUUAUUUUUUUAA